AUUCCCACAAACUACUGCCACACUCCACAGUAUAGCCACAGUAGAAAAUUGUCUUUUUACUGUGGUAGAAGUACUUUUUACUGUGGUACUGCUUUAAGGUAUAUGUGGUUGAGUCCUGGUGAUUUUAGAAUCACAGAACCACAUCUCUGAUCUCUGCUUACUUUAGGAACGUAUCUUAAAGCUCAUUUUUUAGGUUAAAAUAUUCGCAAAUCUUGCUUAUUUUUUUUCAAUUUCUAUUAAUUCAGUUUUAUUGAUUUUAAAAAUGAGUGAAGUACAAUUCGAUAGUGUUCCCAAAAUGAAUUAUGCCGAAGGUAAAAAACCGUUUUUGAUAGGUGUUUCAGGAGGGACAGCUAGUGGCAAGAGCACCGUUUGUAAAAGGAUUAUGGAAAAGUUGGGACAAGUAGAUGUGGACCAGAAACAAAGGCAGGUGGUAUGUAUAUCCCAGGACAGCUUUUACAGAGAGUUAACUCCUUCUGAAAUCACUAAAGCUGAAAAGGGACAGUUCAACUUUGAUCAUCCUGGUGCUUUCAACGAAACCUUGAUGUAUGAGACUUUAACAGAUAUACUUGCGGGUAAAAUGGUUCAGAUUCCUACCUAUGACUAUAAAAACCAUGCUUUGCGGAAAGAUGAAAUACUCACAAUUUAUCCUGCCGAUGUUGUUCUAUUCGAAGGCAUAUUGGUUUUCUACUUUCCAGAAGUUCGGAAAUUGUUUCAUAUGAAAUUGUUUGUCGAUACUGCUUCAGAUACGAGAUUUGCCAGAAGAGUUCCACGUGAUAUAAUUGAAAGAGGACGGGAUUUGGAUCAAGUUUUGAACCAGUAUAUGAACUUUGUGAAACCAGCUUUCGAUGAAUUUUGUUCACCAACCAAAAAAUUUGCAGAUGUCAUUAUACCCAGAGGAGCUGAUAACCACGUGGCUAUCGAUCUUAUAGUUCAUCACAUCUGGGACAUAUUACACGGACAAAACAGACAGAAUGGCUUAGAUGCUGGAACGAGAAACCCCAAACUUCUAAUACACCAUCACAACUAAGUGGUGAAAUCAUUAUUUCUGCAUCUUCCUUUGAGAAAAUUUUCAUUAGGUUGAAAGAGAUAUAUACGGUGUUUAUAGAAUGAUAGAACGGCUAGCUCCUUUUCAAAGAUUUUCAAAGACAGUUGUCUAAUUGAAUGGAACUGACCGAUACUUUAUGAAAAUCCAUAUUGAAACCUACUAAUAAGAUUCGUUUUGAUUUACUGUUUAAAAAGUUACUGAACCGCAACAUCUGUUCUGCUAUACAAUCGCUAUCCCUAGAGAAAGUACUACCUUUUUGGGUUGAAAAACUUCCACCUUCCCUCUAAUCUUCUUAUAUAAUUUUCAAAAUUUACUUCUGUACGCAAUCAGCAAAUAAUGCACUGUCAAGGAUUUCCAUACACAGUUGAACCAGACUACUUCUACCUGAAUUUCUUCUCAUUAUUGCAAAGCAGUCUUUUAAAACAUUUCCAGGAUAAGUUAAACUUGAUGUUUUCCAUCAGAAUAUUAGAGGUUUCUUUUACCUAUCAAUAAGUUUAUAUCUGUUAUUUGAAUCCCUAAGAAUUCAAUUUGUUUAAAUGAGCUACCAUAGAAUUCUUUACAGAAAAGACUCGGCAUGGAACAGGAAGUGUACAUUUUUUUGACAGAUAACUAUCUUAUGGGUGACAGCUGUCAGGCUAAAAAAUUCAUCUAACUGCUUGAACGUGGCCAAAUGAAGUUACUUUUCCUUGAAUUGUUGAUUUAACAACCUGCCAAGAUCAAUUUGUAAUAAUUUCUCGCCUGCAAUAAAGUUAUUUAUGUAAUAGGUUUAAAAUGAUUUGAAAUUACCUCUACAAAAUGACAAAUACCUUAACACAGAACAUGUGUCACAGAAACUUGGCCACACAACAUCAAAGUGUCGCGAGAUGAGUGUCUUCUGUGGUUUUACUGAAUUAAAAUCAAUUAUUUCUUCAUGAUUAAAAGAUUUCAAAAUAUUAUA